GAUACAUGCAUAGUUGCUCACAAAGCUUGAUAUUAAAUGUGUGAAAAGAAAGAGAGAAAGCAACUUGAAGGCUUUGCCAUUAUCUCUUCCUCCUUCUCUCUCUCACUCUCUCUCUCUCUCUUAUCUAAUCAUUCAAAAAGCUUUGAUCAAGCUUGAUCCACUUACCUCAGAAAACUCCAUAUCCCAAUUCAAAGCUUGCAGCAAGAAAUUCAAAAGGAAUAGGCAGCUAUGGAAAAUAAUGCCAGCCCCCAACUUGAGUCAGAAGCAUCUUUGGAGCUCAAAUUAGAAACUCAAGCAUCCAAGAAACAGAAAAUGGUUGAGAAAACAGUUGUUACUGUGAAGAUAGGAGAGAAUGUUAGCAAGGUGAAGAAGAAUGAAGGGCUCCCUUCUGAUUUUUGGUCUUGGAGGAAAUAUGGACAAAAGCCAAUCAAAGGUUCUCCAUAUCCAAGGGGAUAUUAUAAGUGCAGCACAUCCAAAGGGUGCUCAGCCAAAAAGCAAGUAGAGAGAUGCAGAACAGAUUCUUCCAUGCUCAUCAUCACCUACACCUCUACACAUAACCAUCCAGGUCCCACCACAAAUUUACCCCAACAACAACAAAAAGAAUCUGAAUCAGAAACCACUGAAAAUCUCCCAGGUACCUUGAAGGAGGAAGAAGAACAAGAACAGGUAGAAAAUUUCCCAGCUACCCUGAAGGAGGAAGAAGAACAAGAACAGAUAGAAAAUCUCCCAGCUACCUUGAAGGAGGAAGAAGAGCAAGAACAGAUAGAAGUAGAAGAGGAAGAAGUGAAUACUAAUAGCAGUAGCACCAUGACUAGUAGUGAUCAAGGUGCAAAUGAAGAAAUUUUUCAUUACUUGCAAUCUCCAAUUAUAGACCAAGAAGAAGAUCCUUUCAAACUGGAAAAAAACAAUGACAGAAUAGAUUUACUCUUAGAGGCAGAGCCUCUCUGUUAUGCAGCACAGGUGAGGAACUUGUCAACAUCCAAAACAGAAGAGCUUGAGAUUUUCGAUGAGCUUGAGGAGCUACCCAUGUUUUCAUCUUUUCUACACUUCACGAGGAGCAUUCUCUCCGAUGAAAGGAUUCCUGUUGCUCCUUCUUGAUUCAAGUGUUUUUUCCCCAUGCUUGUUGUUUUCACCUAGAAGAAUGUAAACUAGUGUAUUGUUCAUACAUGCUUGUAGUUCACUUCAGCUAGUUUUUUUAGUUGGGAAUCUUUUUUUUUUCUCUCCCUUUGUUUAUAUGAAGAAUGGUUUACUUAAUUACACAAA